AUGUCUACCGAUGCUUUACCUUAUUUUGAUCGAGAGUAUGAAGAUGCAUACAUUAAAGAGAUGGUACACCAUCUACUUGAAGAAGAAACGAAACGUUUUCGACCUUCUAAGAAAUAUUUAGAGAAUUUACCACCACCGAAUGAUAGCGCCUUCGUAACGCCUAUUAUGAAAAAAGAAUUUGAAAGAAUAGCUGCUAAUCAACCCAUGGAUCUUCUCAGUAUGAAAAGGUACGAGUUGCCUCCUCCUCCCGUAACUCAAAGAAAUGACCCGCAUGCUUGGAAAGAAUGUGUAGAUAAUUCUUCGGCGCAACUAGAGCACCAGGCUGUUAGGAUUAUUAAUUUACAACUAUUGACAAAAUAUGGCUCUAAUUCAUGGCGGGUCUAUAUAGAAUUACUAAAUGAAAUGCUAACUAACCAAAGAAAAGAAGUGCAAGGAUUAACGAGAAAAAUUCAAGAAAUUAAUUGGCAAAGAAAGAACGAGCAGACAAACUGUGGAAGUGAAUUGGCUAACUUAGAAGCUAGCUGGUUUGCUAUGGUGCGAAAAAAUUACGAUAUUGAGCAAGCAUGCUUGGAACUCGAAGCCCAAAUUGACGCUUCUAGCAAGGAAAUGGGCACUAGAGAACAUAGACAAUAA